AUUUUAAAGCAGUGUUUAGUCAGUGAACUGUCAAUGAGACAGUUUUGAGAGUGUCAAUUGUAUUUGUAUAUGAGUUAUUUUUUUUUAUAUUAUUAUGCUUAAUGUUGAUUUUUAAUAUCAGAAAUAUAUAGUUAAUUUGUAAUGUUUCAUAAGUAAAAUUUUUUUAAACUAUUUAUCACUGGAAGAAAUAAUUUCUACACGUGAACAAUGCAGAGGUCAACGGAACAGUUGACUCGUUGCAGUACAGGAACGUUAGAAGACAUUUUGGAUAAUUCAAACGGAAUAACAACCCGAACUGUCUCUGAAAAGAUCAUGAGUAUCUGUAAAAACACUACGCGUUGGAUAAUAGUUUUCGAUGUAUUUCUCGCUUUAUCAGUUAUCGUACUUCUAGGAGUAUUGGAAUUCAGAGCAGUUCCGCGACAACAUAUUGGUUUUUAUUGUAACGAUCCAAAAAUUUCUUUCAAGUUCAAAGGAGAUACAAUUUCUAAUUCGUUUUUGAUAUUUGGAUGUCUUAUAAUACCAAUUAUAGUGAUGUGGAUAGCUGAAUUUUUAUGUUACCCUGCAAGUAGCUAUGCUAAUGAAUUAGGAUAUGUUGGUUCGAGAGCAAAACAGAUAUGGUUGUGGUAUAGACAAUUUUUAAUUGGAUCUAUUAGUUUAUUGUUUACAUGUGAAGUUAUAAAAACUGUAAUUGGCGAACCAAGGCCACACUUUUUGGAUACGUGUAAACCACGAGAGGCUGAGAAUUGUACCGAUGGAUACGUGGAAAAAUAUACAUGUACAAAUACAAAUGUUUCAGACUGGAGUAUCUUAGAUUCUAGUAGAUCAUUUCCAUCUGGUCAUUCUUGUCUUUCCAUGCAUACAACUAUUUUUAUUAUAUGCUACAUACAGCGCCGUUUGCCAGAUCGCUCGGUUAUGCUAAAACCGUGGUUACAAUUGUUGAUGUGCAUGUGGACCAUAGUAUGCUCAUUAACCAGACUUGUUGACAAUAGACACCACUGGUGGGAUGUACUGGCAGGCAUCAUUAUGGGUUUUAUUUGUGGCACAGUAAUUGUUAACGUACUGUGUUGUAAGUUUCAUAUAAAUCGAAAAGUCUCACAAAUCUAUUGCGAAAAUGGACAAGUUAAUAUUGAUUAUGAGACAAAACAAAACGGCAAAAAACUUUUACACGAAACAACAAUUGAUCUUUCAGAAAAUCGUGAAUUAAAAAAUGUUAAAUCAUCGACAUGGAAAGAAUAAAAAUCAAAAAUUCAUAAUGUAUGAUGGAAAAAAAUUCAAUUUGCAAAAGAAACAUUCAAAAAAAUUA